AUGACGAGUGACUCAGCAGAUGCAAUUCCAGAGCAUAACGAAUUCCUUUUUCCAGAAUAUGAAAUUUUGAUAGAACCUGAGGAACCAGAAUUUCCUGCUGACAGCAGUGUAGGUCCUGAUGAUGAAGAAGGAGCUGUAGAUACAUCAAAGGACCCGACAGAACAAGAGGAACUCGGAGCUACCGGCAGUGCAGGUGAAGCAUUAGCAUCCUUAGAUGAAGAGACAUUGGAAGCAAUGGCAAAACAUGAGACUGAAGAAGACAAGAUCUUCCAAAUGUUUAAAGAGCGAGUAGCUGCCGAACCAGAGCAGGUUAUUAGAUACUGUAGAGGAGGAGAAGGCCCAAUCUGGGUAUCAGGUGAAAAUAUUCCUGAAGAAAAAGAUAUUCCAGAUUGUUCAUGUGGUGCCAAAAGGAUUUUUGAAUUCCAGAUUAUGCCACAGCUCCUGAACCACCUUCAGGUUGACAGCCUUGGAGAGAGCAUUGACUGGGGGACGCUGGUGGUGUACACUUGUGCUGACAACUGCGGUGAGGGAAAUGAAUACCCUGAAGAGUUCAUAUGGAAACAAGACUUCUCUGCAGGCUCUAUUUAA